GUUUUUUUUUGCAUUGUUUCUAUCUCCAAAGUUGAGAUUGUUGCUCAUAGAAAGAACCGAACCAAUAGUCUGAUCAUCUGUUUUUUGGUCGUGCAAGUGUGUGCGUGUGAUCAUCCCCCCCCCCUUUGGUAAUGUUUUGAUGGAACAUGCGAUUUCCAGCAGUGCUGUCGUUGGAGCUGUGUGUGUAGAGCUCGGUUCCGUCAAUUAAAUAGUUACGUCGUAUCAGCUCGCACAUUCGGCUGAAUUAAUCGCACAAACAUCUCUCUUGCCGUACACGAACGCAGCAACACACCGCAGCUCCCAAGACCUUAUCGUCCCUGUCAACAGCAGCAGCAAAUACAGGUGGUUGUUCCCCGUUCCAGGCACGGGUUUUGACCAAAAAUGUCACUCCUUCGUACUUUGGGUACCGUUCUGGCAAGACGUAGCCCGCUCGCUCGGCCCCCAUCCCGGGCCGUGGUUAAGUGCCUUUCGUCCGAUGCCGCCUCACAGCAACAGGGCGCGAGCGGGCCCAGCUCGCUGCACGCAAAGUUCCCCGGCGCCCUGGAAGCUUCGUUCGUGACGACGCCGAAGCUGGCACUGCCCGAAAGCAUCGAACCGAUCCCGAUCUAUCGCGUGAUGAACAGCGAGGGUGUGAUCGACGAUCCGUCGCAGGAGCCGAACCUCGAGCAGGCGACCGUGCAGAAGAUGUUCCGCGACAUGGUGCUGCUGAACACGAUGGACAAGAUUCUGUACGAAUCCCAGCGCCAGGGGCGCAUUUCCUUCUACAUGACCAACUUCGGCGAGGAGGCCAGCCAUAUCGGAUCGGCGGCCGCCCUCAGCCUGGAGGACUGGGUGUACGGCCAGUACCGUGAGGCGGGUGUGCUCGUCUGGCGCGGCUUCACCAUCUCGGACUUUAUAAACCAGUGCUACGGCAAUGCGGAAGAUCAGGGCAAGGGUCGCCAGAUGCCGGUCCAUUAUGGGUCGCGCAAGCUCAACUUUGUCACCAUCUCGUCCCCGCUGGGCACGCAAAUUCCGCAGGCGGCCGGUGCGGCCUACGCCUUCAAGCUGCAGCCGAACAAUCAGCGCUGCGUGAUCACGUACUUUGGGGAGGGUGCCGCUUCCGAGGGCGACACCCAUGCGGCGUUCAAUUUUGCGGCCACGCUCGACAGUCCGGUGAUAUUUUUCUGCCGCAACAAUGGGUUUGCCAUUUCGACGCCCUCAAAGGAACAGUACCGGGGGGAUGGUAUUGCGGGACGGGCCGCCGGGUACGGGAUGGCGGCCCUGCGCUUCGACGGCACGGACGUGUUUGCCACGUACAACGCGACCAAGCUGGCCCGCGAGUACGUGCUGCGCGAGAACAAACCGAUCGUGCUGGAGGCGAUGGCGUACCGCAUUGGGCACCAUUCCACGUCGGACGACAGUACCGCGUACCGGCCGGCGGAGGAGCUGGAGGUCUGGAAUACGGUGGAGCAUCCGAUCGCGAAGCUGAAGCACUACAUGCUGCGGCGCGGCUGGUUCGACGAGGCGAAGGAGAACGAGUUCGUCAAGUCGGUGCGCAAGCAGGUGCUGUCGCAGAUUAACCAGUCGGAGCGCAUCCUGAAGCCGGACUGGCGUGAAAUGUUCCAGGACGUGUACGCGGAGAUGCCGGCCCAUCUGAAGGAGCAGCUGCGCGCGAUGGAGGAGCACGUGGAGCAGCACCGCGAGCACUACCCGCUGAAGGAUUUCAAGCAGUAAGCGAGGCGAAGAUGCUCGUUGGUGGCGGUUUUGUCUUCCCAUUCUGAACCUCGUUCACAAAACAAAAGUGCAUUUAUUAGCUAGGUAAAGGAGGACUGUAGGAUUUUCGGAGCGUGAAGAAGUUGCGCGAAACGAUAUUUUCAGGGCCGCGGUUCCAUUCCACGGUAUCUUUUUGUACCUUUUGUACGUUGUGGCCUUAUGUUAUUGCUUAAAGCAAACGCAUACAUCUAAUAUACUUCCUACGCAUAAAAUAUCGCA